UUUCCCACAUCAAAUCAUUGUGCGGGGACAGCUGUCGCCAAUAUAUGAUAACGAACACCACUGUAUAGAGUGGCUAUAUAUAUGUGUUUUAUCGACCAUUCGAAAAAUGGAAAAGACAAUUUAAAAUCAAAGUAAUACUGUGCAUACUAUUUGGAAUAAUUGUAUUAUAAAAUGUAUGACAAAAUAUGGUAGUGAAGUUGAAUGAAGGAUGGAAGAAGAGAGAAAUAUGUCUACUGAUCACAACAGGUGUUGUGAGAGCUUGGUUCAAGAGUUUAGGCCAGAUAAUAUCGGAUUGGAAUAUGAAAACCCAUCAGAUUUCGUCACACCCCAAUGGCCCAUUAAUCAUAGAGGAUAUGCGGUGUACCGUGUAAUAGUUGCUGUACUGAUGGUAGGAUGGAUUGUAGCUGAUCUCAUGUACGAAUCUCAAAAGUUCUACCACGAUAGAAUAUGGUUAUACCUGGUAUAUGCUACAAACUGGAGUUUCGUGCUAUUAGUACUGAGCACAUGUUUCCAAGCAGUGUGUGUUAUGUUUUAUACUACUCGAGCAGCAUCCUGUGUAGAUCGGCAGUCGUUUGAAAAGAUGCCACCAUCUUUAAAGCUUCAAUGGGUACUUCAAAAUCUUGGCUAUAAUUCUGCAAUAGUAGUGACUAUAUCUUACUGGUCAUUCAUAGCCUUUCUUGAUCAUACAGCAAUUCUGAUGACAGACAUGAGUCGUUUGAAGCACACACUAAACACAGUUUUUGUCAUCUUUGAUUUAAUGGUAUCAGCAACACCUAUCCGGAUUUUACACAUGUUUAUUCCAGUCAUGUUAGGAUCUAUUUAUUCGCUUUUUAACGCCUUCUACUUCCUGAAUGACGGAACAAUUUUAGAAGGAAGACACUACGCCUACAACGUUCUUAACUGGGAUCAUCCUCAAGAGGCUAUCAUCACAUGUCUUUUGUGUAUGGUUGAAUCCGUGCUUAGUCAAAUUAUUUUGUACGAAUUGUAUAAAUUAAGGCGUUGGAUACAUUCAAAAACAUUCUUUGGACAAGAAGGUGAUCUUCCUUAUUCUGAAAUGCAAAGCAUAAUGACAGAAGCUCCGAAGUAUUCAACUAUGGGAAAAGGUCAGCAACCAGACUUUUCUUGAUAUAAUUUUUUUCCUAGCUUACGAAAGUAAUUGUUAAGAAAUUUCAUAUAUAAUACUUAAAUAUUUUAACAAUCAAUUAUAUUUCUUAAAGAUGAUUUUCAUUCAGUAUCACGAUAUGACCGACCUUAUCAUUAAAUAAGAUCAAAUAAGAAUUCUCCAGGGGGGAUCAUGUAUAUAAUAUCCAGUAGAUGCUGCUGUUCGUAGUUGUAUAAUGCCAAUAUAUAGUUAAGCUUUAAUUUUAUAAUUGUUGGUCCUUCAUGUAAAGUAUAUCUUCAGUAUUACUUUUCUUUAUUAACUUAGCACAUUCCGAACUAACGAUAUUGUUAAUUAAAGUAUACUCCUGGGAUUGAACAUGGAGAUUAUUGUUUAUAUGACGUUUUAAUGAAUCGAUUGUUUAUAUAAUUAGUUUAUUGUUUUUUUUUUUUAUUCCAAAUCCCAUUGAAGGGGUUAGCGGAAUGUCAUUCUGUAGCCUUGACUGUUGAAAUAUGCUAGUUUGCAAUGGUUUUCUAUAGAACAUCUUCUUCAAAUAGCAAAGGUCUAAAAUAAAGCUUGUAAUUAUAGUGUAUUGAUAAGAGACAGAGCAGUAAAGUACAUCGGCAAAGUUUCAGAUUGGGUAAUGAUUAAGAAUAAUCGUACGAUUAUUUAGUUUCUUACUCAAUUUUACUAUCAUAAAACAGAGGUUAGAAUAUGCCAUUAAAACAAUUUUAAUAAAAUUUUGAGUAUCAUCAGUUACUAGUAUUUGAAAGUUUUUUGAACAAUUUGAAAGAAAACGAAAUCAAUAUUUCCUUGUUUUGAACAGAAAUAGUUUAUUAUUUUGACUUACAGACAUAUUCGAUCGGUUGACGUUUGAUAUAGAAUUGAUUUAGGUUCGCCUAUUUAUUGUUCUUGACAAAGAGACAACCGCCCGAUUAGAACUUGAUAAUUGUACCAUUUUUUGUAUUUAUUAGACAAGCUUUAAUAUAUAAUACAUAUAAAAUCAGUUUCAUGAUCUAUAGCUGGCUGCAUGUAUUUCAGUUUUCAACGACGAACAUGAAGUGCAAGACUGGGCAAGAUUUUAACUCAGUGUUGCAGUCUAGAAGCUUAGUUUUGUUUAAGUAAUUUCAAUUCACAGUUUCCUGUUUUUUUUACGUUCAGGGAUUUUAAUACAUUUUCCAAACGAAAAGGCGCUGUCAAAAUUCAAUUGAAUAGAUUUUUUAACGAAAGCUUGUACACAGACAAUCUUGGACCCGUUUGAACGAUCCUCGACUGAAUUUUUCAGUCAAAUAAUGUGCCUUUUCUGAGUCACGUAGGAUCUUAAAAGUCACGUGUCUAGCUGGUAAAUGUGAAAACAAUCAUGAUACAAUUCAAGGGGAAAAAACUACCUGGUAAAUGUAAAAAAAAUAUACAAUUCAAGGAGAAAAAGUGGUGUAGCUUGAAAAGACACGCACAUUUUUUUAACAAAAUAGGCUUUAUUUGUUUGCAAAUGAUCUGUGUCUUUUGAAAAAAAAAAACAGUUGGAAAAAUUCUAUAUAGAAAUAAAAUGCGUGCCGUAUCUUCGCCUGAAUGAUAUUGGAGCUCCUAAUAUACAAAAUAACAGAUCAGUUUCAGGAUCAAGUUAGCAUACAUAACAUAACGACAAAUAAGUACUUAAGAGAUACGGUGUGGUUGAUGCUAUUUUAACCUCGCUUACAUUUUUUAGGAUGUUUUGGAUGUUUUUAUCUCUUUUUCAAGUAAUUAUGUAAGACAUAAAAAAAAAAUAGUCCGAGUGCAUAUUGAGUUUGGCAUUGUGAUUGUAUGCUAAGAAUCAAAUAUAUUACGUAUGCACAAGUUAUAAUUAUAAUUUAAAUAUUUUUUUUUUUGCGAAAAGUAUUUUUUCCCCCAAA